AAUUUUUUACAAUAUCUAAUUUUUUAUUAAUUUUUAUUUUUAGAUAUCAAGCUUCAUCUGCACAUAUCUUAUCAUGGUUCACUGUCGUCCAGCUUAUUCUGACAUUAUUUUAGGAUUUGCAGGAACUGCAUCUGAAACAUAUUUUAUGAUUGCGAAUUUUAUUUGUUUCACAGUAACACUCUUGCAUUAUAUUACAAGUGUUGUAUCAGAACCAUCUUAUAUUCUAGUAUCUAGAACAUUUCUGAUUACUUUUUCUCAUAGUGUAAUGUUCUUGAUAUGCAUAAUAACAUCCAGCUGUAUGCUGUUUUCUAUUGGUAUACAUGAUCCUCCUAUUCAUCCAGUUUAUGGAUUUAAUUGGAAACUAGCUGCAUCGGCAGAAUCAUCAUAAAAAGGCCUAGCUUUUAUUAUGGAAAAAUUCAUAAGUGGAAACUUUGAAAAAAAGAAACAAACUCAACAUGUAAAUUCCAAAAACAUAGAAUAUCCAGAAUGACAUCUACUAUUAUCAUCAUUGAAAUGGCAUUAGAAUUCCAAGAUGGACAGUAUUAUAGUUAACAGAAAAUUGCAAAUAGUUGUUGACUUUGACUUACAACAGAAUUUUGUUCCAACAAAAAAUAUAAUUAGGUAGUUUUAAAUGCUGCACAUAUCUUAUACAUUGUAAUCAGUUACUGUCUGUGCAUUUUGUAAUACAAUACAGCAAUCAUGUUUAAAUACAUUGAAAUUUUAAUGUACAGUCGACCCCCCCAUAACACGGGUUCAUAUAGUUUUCAGAUUCUUAUAUGA